AUGAUCCUGCAGCUCUGGGCCUCCUGUUUUUUCCCACUGUUCCUGGUCAGCUUAGCUCAGCUGACUCCGAAGCAGCAACAGAUGAAGGUGGAUUGCUAUAAGGGGGUGACAGGCACCAUCUAUGAGUAUGGAGCCCUCACCCUCAAUGGUGAGGAGUAUAUCCAGUUCAAGCAGUAUGCGGGCAAGCAUGUCCUGUUUGUCAAUGUGGCCACCUAUUGAGGCUUGACAGCUCAGUAUCCAGAACUGAAUGCACUACAGGAGGAGCUGAAGCCUUUUGGUGUAGUUGUAUUGGGCUUUCCCUGCAACCAAUUUGGAAAACAAGAGCCAGCAAAGAACUCAGAGAUCCUUAUGGGGCUUAAAUAUGUACGUCCAGGUGGUGGCUUUGUUCCCAAUUUUCAGCUCUUUGAGAAAGGGGAUGUGAAUGGAGAAAAAGAACAGAAGGUCUUUACCUUCCUGAAGAACUCCUGCCCUCCAACCUCUGAUCUUUUGGGCUCAUCAAGUCAGCUCUUCUGGGAGCCCAUGAAGGUCCAUGACAUUCGCUGGAACUUUGAGAAGUUUCUAGUGGGGCCUGAUGGAGUCCCUGUCAUGCGUUGGUACCACCGGGCUUCAGUCAGCACAGUUAAAUCAGACAUGCUGGAGUACCUGAAGCAGUUCAAAAGUGAAUAGGAAGGUCCAGACACUGUCAGAAGUUGCCUCCCAUCUGAAGAACAUGUUUAAGGAUCCCAU